AUGAGCAGCAACCUCUCAUUGUCGGAACAAUUGAGCCAGUUGGGCGCGUACCUCGAUGUCCUCUCCACCCUCAUGUACUAUGACUCGUUGUCGCAGAAAGUGAACACGGUUGUGUGUACUCUCGGCAUUCUCCUCAACCUCUUCCAUUUCUCCGUUCUCUGUCGCAAGGAACUGCGCUCCACCGCACUCUUCACGCUGCUCGCCGUCCUCUGCAUCUGCGACGUCUUCUUGUUAUCGCUGACACUCAGAGAGCAGUUGCAGAAGAUUCUGAAGCCGAAAACUUCCGACGAGUUCUGUUACGGAUACGAUAGUCUUGUACAGACUAUGACAAGCCUUUUGAGUAACUACCUGAAGACGUGCGCGGUGUGUAUAGGCUCUGCCGUCCUGAUUGCGAUGGGGUUCGUUCAAGUGAUAUGCUCCUACUUCCCGCAAGGAUCGUGGACCGCUUCUUUCUCGAAAACCAGUACAUCGGCCGUCGAUUGCACUCUGACGAUAACUCUAUCCACUGCCGUUUAUCAGUUUAUACACUUUCUCUUCAACAACUCGAUCGCGUUGAAAUCCGCCGAAACUGCGUGUGAAGGAGUGGCCAAUUUAUCGGCCAUAACUGAGAAUCAGUACAUCAUUGAGAGUAAUCUCGAGUAUCCCCGAGUUUUAUUCGUUAUCAAAAGUCUUGAUACAGUAUUUGCCAUGAUCGAGCCGACUUUGCACAUUGGUUCGAUUCUAUUUCUGAUCAAAAGUUGGAAAGUUAACAAUGGAAGAGUUUCGAGCAACAUCAUCAAAUCGGACAAUCGAAAGUGA